AUGGUCGCGAUAACAGACACCUUAAUGCUGUCUACGGAUAAGCCAAUGAUGCCACGCCUUGCAACAUUGCUUGCCUGUCUUGUGCUAGGAUAUAUGCUGUGGGCUGUCAUAUACAAUCUCUUCGUUAGUCCCCUUCGUAAGGUUCCAGGCCCAAUACUGUGGGCGAUAUCACCCCUUCCCCACGGGCUUGUGCAAUGUUUCGGGACGCCUCACAGAAAAAUUCUUGCCCUGCACCAAAAGUAUGGCGAUGUCGUUCGUACGGGACCCAAGUCAGUCUCUUUACUCAAUCAUGACGCAUGGAGGCAAGUGUAUGGACAUCGCAAGGCAGGUCAGCCAGAAAAUUCCAAGGAGCCCUCCAUCUUCCACACGAUCCCCCAAAGCAUUAUCGUCGCAGAUUCCGAGAAUCAUACCCGAGUUCGCCGGAUACUUGCCAAUGGGUUUUCUGCACAAAGCAUGAUCAAGCAAGAAUCUUUAAUGGGAGGUUACAUUGAUCUUUUCUUUGAGCGAUUGAGGGAACACCAUCUUAGCGGCAGGCCCAUUGACAUGGUUAAGUGGUUCAACUACGUGACAUUCGACGUAAUUGGCGAUUUAGCGUUCGGAGAGCCCUUCGGCUGUCUGGAAAAUUCGAAUUACCACGCUUGGGUUGCUAUGAUAUUUCAACAAUUCAAGGAGAUUCAAGUGUUAACGCAGCUGCGACGAACUUACCCAACUCUGAAUGCCGCCAUUAGCCCGAUACUUCAAACGUUCGCUGCGAAGAAAAUACGAGAGCAGAGAGAGUUAGUUGAGAUCAAAGUUGAUAAGCGACUGGCUUUACAGUCCGAACGACCUGAUUUUAUGGACGCCAUGAUUGCUCCAGGUCCAGAUGGUAAACAGAAAUUAUCUCUCAAAGAACUGCAGCAUAACGCAAACUUCUUGAUCGUGGCUGGUUCUGAGACGACUGCAACCACGUUAUGUGGUAUAACGUCCUUGCUAUGUGCGCACCCUCGAGUGCUGGCUAAACUUCGUGAUGAAGUCUUAUCGGCAUUUAGUACCGAGGCUGAAAUCACCCUUCUCAACGUCCAGAGACUCAAAUACAUGACGGCAGUCAUUGACGAGGGGUUGCGAAUCUAUCCUGCGGCGCCCGCUUCUGUCCCACGUCUGAUCCAUCAAGGAGGUGCCAUAAUCUGCGGGACAUAUCUUCCUCAGAACACUGUCGUGGAUAUCUGGCAUUGGCCUAUGUAUCACAGCGAAAGUAACUUCGCCUUGGCAGAGUCGUUCAUUCCCGAACGAUGGCUAGGCGACCCACGGUUUGCAAAUGACAACAGGGAUGCUUUCCAACCCUUUUCCACUGGAGGGCGGAACUGCCUAGGUAGGAAUCUUGCAUACGCAGAGAUGAGAUUGAUUCUAGCGAGGCUCGUUUGGAACUACGAUAUCUCAUUGGCCAACGAAGCAGAUAAAGACUGGGUUAGGGACCAGCAGAUGUGGUUCAUGUGGGAUAAGCCACCUUUGAACAUACGCCUUGAACGUCGCAAGGGCCAGUGA